GGUGAUGUGAUAGAGAGUAACUGGGGAACUACUUUAAGAGAGGUGGUUAAGAAAGACUUCUUUGAGGAAGUAAUUGAUAAACCAAAGCAUGCAACAGGACAGGAAGGAGCCAGAUGUAUGAUCAGUUGGGGGAAGAACGUUCCAGGCAGAGGGACUAGAACAGCAGCAGUAGGGUGGGUGAGAGCUUGUAGCACGUGAGAGUUUGGUGAGUGGUUGGGACUUAUGGAGGGUGGACAGAGAUAAGUGAGAGAGGUCUGCAGGACGGGAUCAUGUCAUGCCUUAAGGACAAGGUAAGCUCUCUGGACCUCAGCUGGCCUCAUGGUGAGUUCAAGGCCCUAAUCCAGUAGUCCAACGGAGUUCACGCCACCCUGAGCCUGGAAAGAUGGUGUCACAGUCUAUGGGCCGGCAGGAUUCUCCUGUGCACCCUUGGGAAGGGGUCAGCAGUGACCCUGGUGACGUUGAGGACUCGCCCAAUCUCCUGGACACUGACCAGCCUCCUUGCAAAUCAGACGUCAGGUUCAUGAGGCACAGAGCUGCCUGGAUUAACCCCCAGUGUGCGCAGCAGCAGCUACAGGAUUUGCCCCCUCAGGUGCCGACAGCGGGGAACAGUGGGAACCACUUUGGAAGGGAUACCGCCUGUUCCCUGGGCCCUUCACCGUCGUCCCUUGGGGACUCCAUGGUGGAGACAUCACUGUCCAAGGAUACUGCAGACUCUGCCUGGGGCUCUGGUGACAAGAGCAGCGACUUCUCUUUUGCCUCCAAGGGAGAGCAGACAGUGCUCCCAGGAAAGUCUCCUCAGAUGUCUGUGUUCACAAGCUCCAAGAUUUCGGCUGCCUCCUCGUGUCCGGAAGCUGACAGCGCUUUUUUGAAGCCUUCCCAUCUGACAGCUUCCGCUGAUGAAGGUGCUGUUCCAGUCGGUAGAAGAACCACUUCUUUGAAUUCCUUCUCCCCAGAAGCAUUCUCGCUCCCUGUCGAUGUAGAAAAGGAAAAUGCCCACUUUUACGUAGCGGAUAUGAUGAUAGCAGCCAUGGAGGAAAUAAAGUGUACCAUCCUCGGUCAACAGCACACACAGAACUGGAGCGUAGAAGAAGCCAGUGCGUCGCUCGGGAAUGAUCAGGCAGACCGCGAAAUGGCCUUUUAUACGAGUAUAAAGCAGGAAUCUGGGUCUUCUGACUCUUCUGACAGUGGCUACGAAGGCUGUGCUGUGUUACAGGGCAGCCCAGUGGCUGGGACCCCCUCUUACUGUGAUGUGCUCAAAGAAGGCUGUAAAUGUGACUUCGAUGACUUUGUUGUCGUAGAAGUUGGUGAGUUUAACAAUAUCACAGAAACCUGUGGAUGCCCCUGCAACUCCUCUAAGAGUGUCACUUAUGAGCCAAACUUCAAUUCUGCUGAGCGAAUAGCCAAAGAGUUGUACCGAGUAUUCCGGAAGUGCUGGGUGUUGUCAGAAGUUAAUCAUCAGCUGGCAGGUUCUCUGAAUGCAGCUGGCUCGAUGGUUGUGAAUGAAGAGCGUGUCCGAAAAGACUUUGAAUCCAGCGUGGAUGUAGUUCAGGAAAUUAAAUUUAAGUCGAGGAUCAGAGGGGCUGAAGACUGGACGCCCCCUAGAUUUCAAAUCAUAUUCAGUGUUCACCCACCACUCAAGAGGGAUCUCGUGGUAGCAGCCCAGAAUUUUUUAUGUGCUGGCUGUGGAACUCCAAUAGAACCUAAGUUUGUGAAGCGGCUGCGGUACUGCGAAUACCUGGGGAAGUACUUCUGUGACUGCUGUCACUCCUACGCGGAGACCUGCAUCCCUGCCCGGAUCCUCACCUUGUGGGACUUCAGGAAGUACUACGUCAGCAAGUUCUCCAAACGGCUGCUGGACGGCCUGUGGCACCAGCCGGUUUUCAAUUUGCUGAGCGUUGGCCACAGCCUGUAUGCCAAGGCCAAGGAGCUAGACAGAGUGAGGGAAACCCGGGAGCAACUUUUUCAUAUCAAGAAGCUGUUGAGGACCUGCCGGUUUGCUGAAAGCACGUUAAAGGAGUUUGAGCAGGUGCCGAGGCACUUGACUAAUGAGCUCCACCUGUUCUCCCUGGACGAUCUGGUCAGGGUCAAGAAAAAGCUGCUGGUGCCCUUGCUCAAGGACAUUCUAAAAGCUUCCCUCGCACAUGUGGCCGGCUGUGAGCUGUGUCAAGGAAAGGGCUUCAUUUGUGAAUUUUGUCAGAGUGCCACGGUCAUCUUCCCAUUUCAGACCGAAACGUGUAGAAGAUGUUCAGGAAGUCCCGUGAUCUCUAAACCGUUUCAUGGGAGCAAUCUGGCAAUGCAUUCUGCCUUUACCCUUGGGUGUAGAGCCUGCUUUCACAAGCGGUGUUUCCAGUCGUCCGGGUGCCCCCGGUGUGCGAGGAUCACAGCUAGGAGAAGACUUUCGGAAAGUUUACCCUCUGCGGCAUCAUGAUGCCCCGAGCAUUGUGAAAAAGACUCUUCAGUAUGCCUCGUAACACCAAUUUGUGUCUAUUAUUGAUAACAUUGUUUUAGAUUUUGAGUAUUGUAUAUUAAGAAUGGCCGAUAUUACAUAUAUUUAAUGUUUUCAAAAGAAUUCAGAUUGUUAUUAAGCAUUAACUUGUUACUGGUGGUUUUGUUUACACAUGUUCAAUGUUUUUGCUGCUACUGUUUUUUUUUAAAGAGUUUUUCGGAUACUUCCUAAAUUGUAUUUGAGUGGUUGUGUAUACCUAAUAUCGGAUCCUAUUUUUUUUUUAUGAAUUAUCACUGACAAGACAGAUGACUCCGUUCCUCUUCCUGUAAAGUUUGUCUUGUGAAAUGGAUCGGUACUUCCAAUGAACAAAAGUGCGACCCACAAUCUAUUUGCUCGGAAGUUUUUUCCGCCUUAAAUGCCAUUUUGUAAUUGUAUCAGUGUUACAGACUCGGCUCGUUCCUGGGUUCGUAUGGAGAAUGUACGUUGUUUCUGCAGUUACAUCUGUUUCGAGAUGAGCUUGAGUUGCUUAGCCGUGCCCAGGGGCCCUGCUUGACGCAGUCACCUCUACGUGGCGCUCUCAGAAGUGCACAUCUUUGUUAUCUCUCUUCCCCACACCAAAUCAAGGGAGGCAUGGAUGAGUAGAACUUCACACCUGCCCUUUAGGAUGUAGUCUCAUACAUAUAACACUGAACAUAAAGUGUUUGCAGAAAAUACUGUAAUAACAUUAAAAUACUAGUAAUUACUAGUAAAAUACUAGUAAUAACAUUAAAAUCACAGACAUCACCUUAAGAGGUUAAAGGAAUCACUAUGCUUUCUUGAGACAUGGGAGUCUGUUUUUUUGUUUUACCUGGUACAUUCUUUCUCCUACUUGAGAAGGGCCUUGGGCCUGGAUUCCUUCCUGGAACAUCUUCAGCCUGGAGCACAAGUGUCAUAUCCCCUGGGGUUCAUGUGCCCUAACUAAACGUAUUCAGAUGAACUUCUCAAACAGUACAGGCAGGCCGUAGAGUAGCACUGGUCCUCCCCUAAUCCCAUCCAGUGCGUGUGUGUGUGCGUGUGUGUGCGUGUGUGUGUGUGUGUGUGUGUGUGUGUGGUAUUUAGUGGGAUAAUAUCGAACACAUGAAAGAAAUGAGUGUCUCCCACCAAUCUGGUAUCUUCUCCUUCUGUCACUUGUUUUCCCAUCCCAGAUGCAUCCAGAGCUGUGCGCCCACUCAUUAUUUAAGCUAGGUCUCUUUUAAAUAUAAAUUUAGGUCCAUGGGAUGAGAUAAACAAGGUCAAAUUUAAAGCAGUGUUUUAUUCCUGACCAUAGUUUAUAUUCCCUCUUGGGAGUCAAGGAUCGGCAUGGCAUGUUAAUAUCACCUGUCUGUGAGAUUCAUGUCAGUGUCUUCAUUUCACAAGUAAGAAAACAGGCUGAGAGAAGAGGAACAACCCACAGGUAGUGCACGGGACAGCUGGAGUUGGCUCUCGAGUCUGCCUGCCUCCAAACCCCGUGAUCCUAGCCCCUACCGAUGUGGUAUCUUUUGGAGACAAUACAAGCAAAAGAAACCAAUUUCUAACUGGUAAGUGCGGUCCAAGCCUCAGUUCGUGGCAUGGGGCUGAGUGCCUUCUCAGUCUCUUGCAUUGAUUUGAGGAAGUUUCUGUGGCUUAUGCAUUGCUUGAAGGGCUCUGUGUUCGGGCUGCUGUGUUUGUAAGGCACUGGUAUGUGUAUGUGUGGGAGACACAUCUUUGAUGUUGAGGAAGAGGGCAUGGCAGCUGCCAGGAAGUGAUGCUUUUGACUUGUUAUUUUGAGGCAUAUCGAGGCAAUAUAAAUAACCAUUCUAUGGGCUUGGCUGAGACGUGGUUCCUCCCCACGUGGUAUUAGACGGGUUUUCCCCGCAAGGUGCCUGUUAGAACAAAGAAGCCACCUCCACGCACAGGCAGCAGUCUUCAGGGAAGUGAUUCACUGUGAAAUAUGUUGCUUUUUAAUGGGAUUUACUCAUUGUCCUAGUUUUUCCACGUAACUCUUCCCUGGCCGCCAGAAGGAAGAUGAGGACUUGGUCUUUCUCAUCAGGCUAUCAUCCACCGUGAGGCCUCGAGUGGCAGUGCUGGGAUCCCAGUGAUUACUUUGGCCUUUACACCGUUGCUUGAAGAAUUCCAGUAAUGUGUCGCUUACAGUUGUGGCUCUCAGCUGCAGGCAGGGAGUUAUACCAGGGGACGUGGAGUGAGGAGGGAUGAGUCAUCUCAAAGAUGUCCUAGUGGGUUGGCUUGGGUGAGAAUUAUUGGGUCGAUUCCCAGGUCUACCGCUUUGUAUUUGUGUGGCUCUGGGAGAGAUACUUCGACGAUCUGUGCCUUUGUUUGUAAAAUGGGGGAUAAUAAAUCUAUACAGUUGAUAGGAGGAUUAGAAAUGAAAAUGAAGCACCCAGCAGAGGGCCUGGUACAAGCAAUUAUUAAGUGGUAAUAAUUAGAUCAAGACAGAUUAAAUACUGAGUUAUACCACCUAUUUUCUGUGUACCUUUGUGGAAGUUACUCUGUGUCUCAGUUUAGUCUGAGGAUUAGAGCAAUACCCACCCCCUCCCCCCCCCCCCCCCCGCAAAAAGCCACGUUGAAGUUCUCAGUCCAGGUACCUAUGAUGUGACCUUCUUUGGAAAUGGGUGUUUGAUGAUAUAGUUAAGAUGAGGUCCUCCUGGGUUAAGGGACCCUAAUCUAAUGAUGGGUGUUCUUACGAGAAAAGGGAAGUUUGGACAGAGAUAGACACACGGAAAUCACAGGGAGAGCGUCACGUGAAGGAGACGUGGGGCCACGUGUCUGUAAGUCAAGGAACCCUGAGCACUGCCGGCAGCCGGCAGACCCUAGCAAGGAGGUGUGAAGCUGGUCCUCCCUCGCGGCCUCACGAAGGAACCAGCCCUACCCACACCUUGACUCUGAACGUCUAGCAUCCAGAACCAUGAGAAAAUGAACGCCCGUUGUUUUAACCCACUUGGUUUGUGGUCAUUUGUCGGCGCAGCCCUAGGAAACCGACGCACCAACAUCCGGCGUUGUUAGGAGGGCUAGAUGGUGAUUAAGUGGCACGCUUCCUGGUGCCAGAGAGGCGUCAUCCAGUCUGGACCCCUGACCUUCAGGCAUCAAGACACAGAGAAUGGACUCUGAAAGAUAACGAUGGCAUGGAAACCAUACCAUCUGUAGGUCGGUGGGUGUCUGGACAGACAGAGAUCCCCAAACAGAGCGAUGACGACCGAGCACUGCCUCCACCUUUCCUACUUCUGCUCCGGAGCUUUGGAGAGAAUGGCCACCCUUAGGUGCCACGAGUUUGGAAGGUGCUAGUCUGAAUCAUGGUGGGGUGGGUGAGGGAAGUGGCUGUUACCUAAGGUUAAAAAGCAAAUUAAUCCGUCUUGAUUUUCAGAUUUAACAUACAUUGGAAUAUACCUUCAGACAAGUCUUGAGUGAGGCUUUGAUUACAAGCCCCUUGUCUGCCCGGGGCUAGAGGCGGAUUGGAGCUCAUUGCUGGCCACACUCAUGGGCGUCUGUGUCUAACAGGGGACAGGUUCUAGUGGCCCUGCUGCAUCCCAGUCCCCUGUGGGGGACCUCAGAGGGUGAGAGGGACUUGUGACGUAAAAGGUCGUUGUGGUGUCCUAGGGAAUAACUUUGGCUGUGACCAAAAUAGGUCACUUUUGUAGCCCUUUGCUGAAGAUGCUAAGAGUGUCCGUCUAGAACAGGGCUCCAACUUCAGCUCAAGUCUCAGGCAUCUCUGGGGUAACCAUCAGGCAGAGGAGAAGAUCCAUAUCGCUGUGGAGAAAGAUCCAUUGCAAAGGCCACAAAGGAGAUAAGCAGAGUAUUUGUCAAAGUAUGAACUGGAGCUAGAGGCUGAGUGCACGCUGAAGAGGAAGUUGGCAGCACGGUCAGCAGCCCUAAGGGUGGGGAACACAGCGCAGACUCAGCGGUCAAGGUGCCCACAGUCGCCCCUAGGGAGGCCAGCAGGGGCAGGGCGACAGGUAAAUAGCAGUCAGAGAGCAGGUAUAGUCAAAACACUACAGGAGUGGCAGGAUCCACUUGGGACACCACGAGCGCUCGUGGAGACUGAUCCGGAAGGCUCAGGCAGACGCCACAGUGAACGGGAGGGUGGGAAGAGGCCCCAGGAGAGGAAGAGCAGCCCAGAGACUUCUCUGAGGAAGGGCGAGUACACGAACACCAAACUGAGGGAUUUACCUAAGGAGGAAGCCAGAAAGGCUAGCAGGACCCAGAACGUGGAGCCUAGAGAACGUGAGACCAGUGGGCAUGAUGGGCUUUGGAUUCUACAGGAGGCAGGGAAGCUUUGAAAGAAUUUUUGAAACAUUUAUUCAUUUUGGGGAGGCAGAGCACGAGUGGGGAAGGGGCAGAGAGAGAGGGAGACACAGAAUCUGAAGCAGGCUCCAGGCUCCGAGCUGUCAGCACAGAGCCCGACGUGGGGCUCGAACUCACGGACCGCGAGAUCGUGACCGGAGCCGAAGUCAGACGCUGACCCAACAGAGCGACCCAGGCACACACCCCCCCUUUUUUUUUUAAGUUUAUGUAUUUAUUUUGAGAGACAGCAUGUGUGUGCAGGGGGGGGGGGGGGGGCAGAGAGAGGGAGGGGGAGAGAGAGAAUCCCAAGCAGGCUUCACACUGUCAGCACAGAGCGUAAUGUAGGGCUUGAACUCAUGAACCGUGAGAUCACGACCUGAGCUGACGUCAGAUGCUUAAUCGACUGAGCCCCUCAGGCGCCCCUGAAGGAUUUUGAGAGAGAGAGGCUCACCACUGAACCUCCACAUAGGAAGAUAAUAUUGGGUCCGGGUUGAGGAUGGAUGAUGGGAGCCCAGGAAUUGUCCGCCGACCAGCUGUCGUGAUGACGUUCUGAACAAGGGCUUCCAUGGAAGAAAUGGGAAAGGGAAGAUGCUUGAAGACAUGGGGAAGAACUGGGGUGAGGAGAAUAA